AUGACAUGCAUAUUUAAUUAUGUUUGCUUCGUUGUGUUCAAUUACAGAGCCUGGGGUGCAUAUGGGCAGUCAAAGCUUGCCAACCUUUUACAUGCGAAUGAACUUUCAAGGCGUCUCAGGGAAGAUGGGGUGGAGAUUUCUGCAAAUUCUCUUCAUCCUGGAGCAAUUACCACCAAUCUUUUCUGUCAUACUCCAAUAAACGGUAUAAUUAAUGUUAUUGGUAGACUCGUUUUUAAAAACGUCCCGCAGGGAGCAGCAACAACAUGCUAUGUAGCAUUACACCCACAAGUGAAGGGAGUUAGCGGCAAGUAUUUUUCAGAGAGUAAUGUUGCCCAACCAACCUCACUUGGGACUGAUGCUGAUUUGGCCAAGAAACUUUGGGAUUUCAGCUUGAAAUUGACCAAGUAAAAAACCUAGGUAUUAUUUGUC